GGAGGAUAUUGAUAAGGAGAAUAUCAUCUACAGGCCACCUAUCACAGAGCUGGGCUCAGGCAGUAGGGAAGUGCAGUUCAAGUUUGUAGUGACUGACGAAGAGACUGGGUUGAGGAACCCUGAAACAGACAUUUACAAUAAAGAUUGCUCCAGUUAAUGCUGCUUCACCCAAGUUCCAUAACUCCAGCCCACUUGUGUUCGUUCCUGAAGGGGGUUAUGUGCCCCUGGGUAGAGACAUUCUGCAGGUCACAGACACUGAUUCAGAUGAAAGUAAACUGGAACUCCGCCUUGACAGGCUGCCGAACAAAGGAAUUUCUUAUGAAAAUUUCUGACAAAAAUAAACCAUUAAAACAAGGUGCUGUGGUGAGUUAUAAGGACGUGAUGAGCAACCUGCUGUACUAUAGCCACGGUGGCUCCUCCACGACAGACAGUUUCCAGGUGUCUGUUCAUGAUGGGGCACACAGUACUGAGGCCACAGUCAGGGUGUCUGUCCUUCCUGUGGAUCAGUCGGGGCCCUCCCCAAACCCAUCUGCCAGCCUCAGGCUGCAGGUCACAGAGGGGAAGAGAAUUACCCUGAAAAAGAGAUUUCUAGCAUUUACAGAUGAAGAAGAUACCCCCAAAGGAAUUAAGAUAAUUAUGACCUCAACCCCAGUCCAUGGUGGCUUUCACCUUCUAGGUAGUCGGGGCCAAUUAAAGAGUGGUGACAGCUUCACUCAGUUUGAUGUCAAUAAGGGAAGAGUGAGUUAUAAAGCUGGUGGGGAGAUUGGUGACCAUCCUGUCACAGAGUCAGUGUUCUUCAAUGUCAGUGACACCAACAACAACGUCCUGCCUAACCAAGCUUUGACGAUAAUCAUCAACCCCAGCAAUGACCAGGCACCAGUGGUGAAGGUCAAACAGGGCAUACAGGUUGAGGAAGGAGGUCAGCAGAAACUGACAUCACAUUACAUCUCUGUAUCUGACCAGGACUCCAAGGUCAGCCAGCUGUCCAUCAUUCUGGAUGCCCCACCUACUUUUGGAGCUAUUCACAGUAACAAAGCAGUUCUUGGAUCAGAAUUAAGUUUAAAGAAGGUUGUAAAGUCAUUCCCACUUCAAGAUUUACUGGAUGGCCAAAUUUACUAUGUGCAAAGUGAUCACAAAAACAAGGAAGCUGUUCAGGACAGUUUCCUCUUCCAUGCUACAGAUGGCGUGAACAACUCACCCCUUAAGUCAUUCAACAUUUCCAUUAUUGCAGUGAAUGAUGAGGCCCCUGAGAUUAUCACAGAACAGCUCUUUGUGCAGGAGGACAAGUCUGUUUCCAUGACUAACGCCACGUUCUUUGUGAUAGACCUGGACAGCCGACCAGAUGAACUUUUCUUCACAGUUGAUAGCCCCCCAUCACACGGAUCCCUUGGAAGUAAGGAGUUAGCUGAUGACCUUGACCAUUCAGCCGCUACCUUGAGGAAGGAUUCAAAGUUCACUUAUGAGGAUGUGUUGAAUGAGCUGAUUGUAUACAGACAUAAUGGGGAGGAAGUGACCACUGAUUCCUUCAGCCUGUCACUGACCGAUGGUCAGUUCACAGUCACUAAGACUAUCAGUGUGGUCAUUGGGCUGGUCAAUGAUGAGACACCCAGACUAGUGGUCAAUCAUGGACUAAGACUGCCUGCAGGUUCCACUCGUGCUAUAAAGUCACUCGACCUGAGGGCGACAGACAUAGACUCUGAUGAUGAGCAGAUUGCCUACACGCUGACGCACAACCCCACAGUGGGGAGACUGCGGCUGAACAAGGGGGGUAGAACCAGUGACCUGUCAGCUGAUGGCUUCCAGUCUGUUUUUACACAAGCGGAUCUGGAUAAAGGCUAUUUGGAGUAUGUUCAUGAGAGAGGAGAUGCAGCAGGCUCUGUGGUGUUUAAGUUCCAGGUGUCUGACCCAGAAGGAAACAUGUUAUUGGCACAGUCUUUCCACAUCACUGUUUUGGAGGACCGAGUGCUGCCCAGCGUGGACACUAACAAGCCCUUGACCUUGGCUGAGGGAUCACAAGCCAAAAUUACUACCCAGUUUCUCUCUGCCUCUGACAAGGACUCUGAGCCUGGCAAUCUUCGGUUCUCUGUACUCUCUAAUCCUCUAUAUGGUCAUCUGGAACUCUCAUCAGGACCAGGUGUGGCUGUGACAGAGUUCCACCAGUCUGACCUGGCCGCUAACAGCCUCAUCUAUGUACACACCAGUGAGGAGGAGAUCUAUGCAGACAGGUUCAAGUUCUCCGUGUCAGAUGGUACCAAUGAGGUGACUCAGGCUUUCCUGAUCAGCAUCAAUCCUGUGGACGACAGUCUGCCUAUGGUCUCCAUCAAUGGCCUCAGGGUUCAGGAGGGGGUGAGGAAGGUCAUCUCAGAGUUUGACCUCAAGGCCAUUGACAAGGACACAAAGGAGGAUCAUGUGAUGUUUACUGUGGUACAGCCUCCCCUCCAUGGCAGCAUAGACCUGAGGCGUGGCACAUUUUACAGCACCACCACCAGGUUCAGUAUGGCUGACAUCUAUGAGAACCGUGUCAGUUACAAACACGACGGCAGCGAAACUCUCUCAGAUCAGUUCUCCUUCACAGUGUCUGAUGGGACCAACCACCUGUUUGUCAUGCAACAAGAUGCUGCCAGGAGAGGAGAUAUUCCCAUUCCCCUUAUAUCACAACCACAGAGCUUCAAGAUUGAGGUGAUGCCCCUCGAUGAUGGGAGUCCGAUACUGGAGACCAACUUGGGCCUUCAGUUCCUGGAAUCUUCUGGAGAAGAGGUUUUUAAUAUCAUCACAGAGCGUGAAUUAAAGGUGUCUGAUGUGGACACUCCCCCUGAUAAAAUCCUGUUUGUGAUCUCCGCUCCCCCUAAAUAUGGCCACCUGGUGAAGAUGACAGAUCUGGAUGAGCCAAUCACCACCUUCACUCAGGAGGACAUCAGUAAUGGCCUGAUCCGUUACACACUGACAUCCUCUAGCAAUAUCACGAUGGACUCGUUCGCCUUUGAAGUGAUGGACAGCAAACCAAAUAUCAUACCUGACAACACCUUCCAUGUCAGCUGGUCAGUGAUAGAGUUUGGUCAGCCUUACCUGAAUGUGACAGAGGAGACGGGCGUGAUCCAGGUACCUGUCAUCAGGAGGGGUAAUCUUAAACAGUAUUCUAUCGUCACCUGUCGCACACUGGUGGGGACAGCUACCUCCACUAAAGGCGGGAACAAACCAGGGCUAUAUGACUUUGUGGAACAGUCUGGACAGGUUCAGUUUGAUGAGUGGCAGGAGAGUAAACCGUGUACCCUGAUCAUUAAUGAUGACCAUGUGUUUGAGGGGCCCGAGACCCUGUACCUAGAGCUGAGGGACCCCACUUACACCCUGCUGGGGAGCCUGGCUAAGAUGACCAUCACUAUCUUUGACUUGGAGGACGAACCAGUUCUGCAGUUUGACAAAGGCCUCUACCAGAUUAAUGAAAGUGAUGGUUAUGUAUUGGCCACCCUCACUAGAGAAGGUGACCUGAGCAGCAGUGUGUCCGUGAUCUGUUACACCCAGUCCCUAACGGCCACAGGUAGUAGUGUGGGAGGGCUGGAAUCAGGGUCGGAUUUCCAAGCCAGGGGGAAAACUAAUUCAUACAGAGUUGUCUUCCCUCCCGGAGUGGUCACAGCAUCUUGUGAGGUCAAGCUGAUUGAUGACAGCGAGUUUGAGAACUCUGAGGAGUUUGAGCUUGGCUUAAUUGACCCCUCACUACCUGCUGCCAUAGGAACUAUGUCAAAGGUCACUGUGAUCAUAGAGGGCCCCAAUGAUGAGUCAGUGGUGUAUUUGUCUCAGCCGGAGUACCGUUUCCCAGAGAAUGGUGGCAAUGUGGAGAUAGAGGUGUUAAGAGAGGGGUCAGACCUGGCCCACAGUACCAUGGUAUGGUGUGCCACUCGGCUGUCUGACACCCCAUCAGCCACCCCUGGGCAGGACUAUGUCCCCAGCUCCAGUCAAAUCACAUUCGGGCCAGGACAAAUAUCUGAGACAUGUCAUUUAACAAUCCUGGAUGACAAUGUGGACCCAAGGAUGGAAGGAAAUGAAACCUUUGUGGUUUUCCUGAGCUCAGCCAUGGGCAGCAGUCUGGCAGAACCCUUCACCUCUACAGUCAUAAUACAUGACUCUGAACUAGACAUUCCAGUGAUGGGGUUUGAGGGAGAUCAGUAUUACGUGGACGAGAAGAAUGGAACUCUGGGCGUGCCUAUCAUCCGUCAGGGUGAUCUCAGCUUCCCAUCUUCAGUGAUUUGUUACACACGACAUGAGACAGCAGCUGUAAUGAUGGACUAUGUGGAGAGGCUGCAGUCUGAGGCAUCGCGCAUCACAUUCUUCCCUGGACAGAUGGUAAAGAACUGCACAGUGAGAAUUGUGGAUGACGGAGAGUUUGAGCCUGAGGAAACACUUACCUUAAACCUGGCGGACCCUCAAGGGACUGAACUCUCGCAGGCUAAAGUUGGGACCAGAAAUAGAACCACCAUUGUGAUCACCAACUAUCAUGAUGUACCCACAAUUCAGUUUGAGAAGGCAGCAUACAGUGUUAUGGAACCAAGUGGAGAAGAAGAGGUUGCAGCAGUUCAGGUCAAGGUCAUCCGCAUGGGUGACAUCAACCAGACAUCAAGUGUGCGCUGCAGCACAAGGGACGGCUCAGCAAUCUCAGGCAUUGACUACAACCCUAAAAGUCUGCUGCUCAAAUUCUCACCUGGUAUGCGAUCCAUUGACUUCAGUGUGGACGUGCUGUAUAACCGGGAGAUUGAGUGGCAUGAGUCUUUCAGUGUGAUCUUGGGGCCAAACGACCCAGAGGGCGCUGUGUUUGGUCCAAUCAGAACCAGCACCAUUACUAUACUGGACAACGAGGUUUCAGGGAGCUUGGUUUUGCCAGCAGCACCAAUAGUUGUAUCCUUACUCCAUUAUGAUGAUGUGGAGAAAGGCCUGAAGUUACACCCCUCCCCUGGUUACCCAUUGGUCUGUGUCACGCCAUGUGACCUGCACUACCCAGACUACAGCAGCACCCACUCUUUGUGUGAGGAGGCAGGAGUGAACCAGAGCAGCAUGUACUACCGGUGGGAGGUAUCUAUGCCUGAGGGUGAGGGUGGUGCCAGGCCACCAUUCGUCACUGUCUCUGACCACACCCUCUUCACCAGUGUCAACAGACUCAGCCUGGACAGUAUCUACUUCAGACCUAGUUUUAAGGUCAGGUGUGUGGCCCAGCCUCUCCACGGUAACGGUAACCCUGGGGUGCCUCUGAAGAGCCAGGUAGUGACCAUCGGCCGGGACAACGCCAUCUGCCCGUCCACCGUGUUCUCAGGACAGCCGUAUGGUUACCAGGCCCAGUCGUUCAUCGCUAACCUGGACUAUGUGGGACCGGAGGAUGAGGUGCAUCCUAACACCAUCCACAUCUCAGUACAGGUCCCACACCAGGACGGCAUGCUGCCCCUCAUCUCCACUCACCCGCUGCACAACCUGCGCUUCCUGCUCUCUGACCCCACAUACCGGCAGCAACACGUGUGCUCAAACAUCGUUACUGAGCAGGAGCGUGCCCCGCUUAUCGACGAGGGUUUCCUGUCCUCCCCGGAUGACCUUGACCUGAUUCACGGGCCAGGGUACAACCUGCCGUAUCAAUUUGAGCCUGACAUCCGAGAGGACGGCAGCCUGAACCUGUACAAACAUUUGGACCUGAAGAGCUGUAUCUGGACGUUUAAUGCCUGGUAUCACAUGACAGAGCUGGUAGAUGUUUGCGGGGGACAGGUUAUCUCAGACUUCCAGGUGAGGGACUCUGCUCAGACCUACCUGACCGUCCGUCUGCCACUGUAUGUGUCCUACCUGUACGCCACGGCACCCACGGGCUGGGGAUCACUGGAGCACCGCACAGAGAUGGAGUUCUCCUUUUUCUACAACACAAUACUGUGGAGAACAGGCCUGGAGACAGAUGGCAAGCUCGGGGGAAAACUACAGGUGCUGAGGAUUCUCAUAGGGGACGAGGGAAAGCUGAUUGUUGACUUCAAAACACAGGCAAAGUUCAGAGGUUUGUAUGUGCCAUUCCAUCAUACCCUCCAGGGUUUUGUGAGCAGAGUUCUCCCACCUGGAAAUAUGGACAUCACAUUUGACCUUGAACUCCUGUGGAGUCAGCAAACCUUUGACAGUCCUCAGCAGUUGUGGAGAGCCACCAGUGAUUACAAUCUCAAGGAUUACACAGGUCAAUAUGUGAUAGAGCUGAUCCCUUGUUCUGUGAAGUCCACGCAGGCUUACACGGACAUACAGCCCACCAUCCCCUGUACAGCACAUCAGCCUGAGAGGUUUGAGGUACCAAUAGCUUUCCAGCAGACAAACCGCCCUGUGCCUGUGGUCUACUCUUUGAACACAGAGUUCCAGCUCACCAAUAAUGAGAAGAUGUUCCUGCUCGACCCCCAGGAGACCCGACUUACCCUUGAUGACCUUGAUUACUCAGGAGCAUUCUCAAAAGGCCAGAAGAUUUAUGGCCGCGUGUUGUGGAGUCCAGAACAGGACCUGAAGACAGCCUACAAACUUGUCAUUGAAAAGCUCUACUUGUGCACUGGUCGUGAUGGGUAUGUGCCGACCUUUGACCCCACUGGAGAGGUGUAUAAUGAAGGGCCUCAGUUUGGUUGUAUACAGCCGCACCCUGACCUUAAGUACAGGUUUCUUAUCCUGGACCGUGAGAAUCCUGACGUGAUUCAGACAGACUUUAACAAUGUAGGCUUUGGUGCUCAGCUAGCAGGUCAGAAUCCAGACUACAGUGUCCUUGAGGCCAUGCCAGGAGUGGAUGGCUUUGUCAUGAAUGUCGACCCACUGUAUAAGGUGGAUUCUGGCCACCAGUGGUAUCUCCAGUGUCUCUAUACAAUUGGUGUGUCUGACCGCGCAACACGAGUACGACGUUCUACCCUCAUCAGGUGGAGAAGAGAUGCCAGCCAGGGGGAACAACCCGACUGGCUGGACAGUAAUCAACCCAAGAAUGGCACUAACAUACAGAUCAUCCAACUCAACGUUACCGACUUUGAUUCCUUUGUAUCAAGCCCUCAGAAUCUUGCCCAGGUGGUUGCCCCGGCAGUAGCUGGGGUUGCCUUGGCAGCACUCAUUGUGUGCUGUUGCUGCUUUUGCUGCUCAAGGUGCCGUCAACGAAAGCGCCCUUUGAAGGAAGGUAAGAAGAGCAACCUGGAACUGGCUGAGCAGAAUCCAAUGAGAGUUGACAAUCGCAGAAACUCUGUGAGAGAGAAAUCCCGAAUAUUGACAGAGCUGGAUGUGAAGAAUGUUACCAACACUUCCACCAGGAGGAAGUCCAGCAUAGGGUCUAAAAACGUGAAUGUGAGGGUGUCAUUAAGAAGUGAUGACCCAGGGGUGACUGGGCCUGGUACUGAGGUAUGAUGAAGGGUCAUAGAGAGAUGUAGAGAUGGUAGUCUGACGAAGUAGAAGAGAGAGGCUAUUUUGCUUAUAACCUGUAAUAUAUAAUGGUGCUAAGAGCUGUCCUGUUACACACCCACGCCUGUAUGACUAUGUAAUCUAGCGUCAUGUAGGGAGCCAGUGUAUUAGUCCUUAUAGAUCUGUCAUAAGUUAGGGAAACGUAUAUAGGAAUGUAGAUUUUCAGACAUCCAGGUUAGUAUACUAUAAAAGAUAACACUAUAAAACUGUUCUACUGGACAAUGUAUAUUAUUUACUGAUGUUGCAGCGACUUAUCGCCUUCAACAGAUGGUGAAGCGAUAGGUUGUCGCUAAAUAAAUAAUAAUGAGUCAAUAAAUAAUGUACAUGUCAAUAAAUAAUAUACAGGUUCAGUGCUAUGAAUUCCUUAGUUUUCUCAUUAGAAUCAUGAAAAGUUCUUGAUUCUAAUGAGAAAACCAAGGAAUUCAUAGCAUUGAUAUGUGAGUAGUGGUUCUUUGCCUAAUAAUUAGUGAAGAAUGUAUUAAGUUCCAGUGGAACAUUUUUAAGAAAAACUGCCAUUUUUGUAAGUAUAGCUAACUCUUCUUGCUGAGGAUAUUCAACUUUGCUGGUAAUCUCAGCCUGUAAAAUAGUGUGAUCAUCGGAUUUUUUAUCAUCUACCAUUGAUACUCAUUUGGGCCUCUGUCAGGGCUCUUGACAGGACCAAUGUAUUUCAGUGUCACAGGGAUCUGUAGUGUACCAACAGUCAGACACACUCGCCAGGCAAUUUUUAAGAAAUUAGCAUUGAAUAUUUAUAGAGCUUUUAUACUUUUUUUUUAUAGGUUUGUGAAAGCUGCAUGUGUUGUGGAUGACUGUGGCGUAACUUAAGUAUUGUGAUAAUAACCAAGUACAUGUGUAAGCUGUGGAUCACUUUUUACAAUCACUUUAUGUAACUUUAAUAUUCGUCUGUAUUUUUACGUAACCACCAUUUUAAUGGAGCCAAGCUUCUGGUGUAAACCC